CUUUCCAAUUCUUCAACCUUCACAUCAACCAAAGGUCAUCAAAGGAAGCUCAUCAGCUCCAUCGAACCGUCACCAUGCCUGUGACCAAGACGGUUAAGAACAGCGCGUACUACUCGCGGUACCAAGUCAAGUACAAGCGCCGCCGACAGGGCAAGACCGAUUACUACGCCCGCAAGCGACUCGUCACCCAGGCGAAGAACAAGUACAAUGCUCCUAAGUACCGACUGGUCGUCCGCUUCACCAACCGCGACAUCAUCUGCCAAAUCGUCUCCAGCGAACUCGAUGGCGACAAGGUGUUCAUGGCCGCGUACUCCCACGAGCUGAAGCGCUACGGAAUCGAGCACGGCCUCACUAACUGGGCUGCCGCCUACUCGACCGGAUUGUUGCUCGCUCGCCGUACGCUCAAGAAGCUCGGUCUGGAUGAGGACUUCGCCGGUGUCGAAGAGGCUGAUGGCGAGUACACUCUCACCGAGGCCGCCGAAGGCGAAGAUGGCGAGUCCCGCCGUCCGUUCAAGUGCUUCCUCGACGUCGGUCUUGCACGAACCUCCACUGGUGCCCGUAUCUUCGGCGCCAUGAAGGGUGCGUCCGACGGUGGACUCUACAUUCCCCACUCCGAGAACCGCUUCCCAGGCUUCGACAUCGAGGCCAAGGAGCUCGAUGCCGAGACCCUCCGCAAGUACAUCUUCGGUGGCCACAUCGCGGAGUACAUGGAGACGCUCGCCGACGACGACGAGGAGCGCUACAAGUCGCAGUUCCAGAAGUACAUCGACGAUGACGUCGAGGCGGAUGGAUUGGAGGAUAUGUACACGGAUGCGCACAAGGAGAUCCGUGAGGAUCCGAACCGGAAGGACGACGAGGAGGGAGAGAAGAAGUCUAAGGACUUCUGGAAGGCCGAGAGCAAGAAGUACAAGGACAAGAGGCUGACCCACGCGCAACGCAAGGAGCGCGUCAAGGCCAAGAUCGAGUCGAUCAGGAACGCUUAGGCGGUCAACUCUUGGUUCUCUGGUGGAUGCAUGAUGGGAGUUGCAAUGACGUUCAGCUAGUCAUGGCGUGGAAAAGGCCGGCAUCGAUAUCCUUUCAAAAGAGCUGUGGCUCAUGUGGUACAUCAGACUACUGC